AUGACCAUCGAAACCAGCGUUAAAAGCGAAGCAGAUUUGCAACCAGAGACAGUCGACGAAGACUUCAAGCCUGAUGAAAACAUCGACCCAACAAUCUUUGGUGGAUAUGACCAUAUCACCUUCUAUGUCAGCUCUGCCAAUAUUGCGGCCCAUUAUUUUGUCGACACGUAUGGGUUCAAGCCGUACUGCUUCCGGGGCCUCGAAACAGGUUCCAGAGUGGUCAAUGCUCGUGUGAUCAAGAAUGGCAACGUUCUGAUCCAGUUUGUUAGCUCAUUGAGACCUCCUCAUGCAAAAAACUUAUCUGAGGAAGAUAAUAAGCUUGUGGAUGAAAUCCACCAUCACACAACUGUGCACGGUGACGGAGUCAAAGACGUGGCUUUCCAGGUGAGCGAUGUGGAACAAGUUUACGAAAGAGCUCUUUCUGGCGGGGCCACCUCGAUUUUGAAGCCAACUUCCUAUAAAGAUGCAAAUGGAACCAUCACACUGGCCAGAGUCGGAGUCAUUGGUGAUACCACUCACACAUUGGUUGACAGAUCAAAUUACUCUGGCUUUUUGCCUGGUGGCUACAAAUAUUACGAGGUCACAGAUUCUGAAGAACUCGAUGUCAAGUUCGACAGAAUCGACCACUGCGUUCAAAAUCUCGGAUGGAACAAGAUGGUCAAGUCGUGCGAGAUGUACCGCAAGGUAUUUGGGUUCCACAAGUUCUGGUCUGUCGACGACAAACAGGUGUACACCGAGUUUUCCGCGCUUAAGUCCACUGUUAUGGCGUCACCAUCAGAAACCAUCAAGAUGCCUGUGAACGAGCCGGCCAGAGGACUCAAAAAAUCGCAAAUUGAAGAGUUUUUGGAGUUCUACGGUGGACCGGGAAUUCAACAUGUUGCCUUGAAAGUUGACAAUAUUUUGGACGCGGUUGCAACCUUGAGAAGCAAGGGUGUCGAAUUUAUCGAUGUUCCGGAGAAAUACUACAAAAAUCUGGAAGAAAAGCUAAAGAACAGCACACAUCCAGAGUUCAAGGAAAGCAUGGAGAAGAUCAAAGAACUUGGAAUCCUUGUGGACUUUGACGAAGAGGGGUAUUUGCUCCAGCUCUUCACCAGAUCUGUGUUCGACCGUCCUACGUUUUUCUUUGAAGUCAUCCAACGAAACAAUCACAACGGAUUCGGAGCCGGCAACUUUAAAGGUUUGUUUGAAGUUUUAGAAGAAGACCAAAAGAAAAGGGGAAACCUGAUUGAUCAAGACGGAGAAAUUGAUCCUUAUGAUCUCACCAAGAUCCACGUCCUCGACACGGGAGCUUGGGUUAGACACGUAGAUGAUUGGUUUGCAUCUAGUUCCCUUGAAUUGAGCAAGCUCGCUCUUGAACCAGUUCAACGAGUUAUACUCUCUGACACCCCAGUAAAGCUUGACCUCAGUCUUGGUGUCUCUGCUAGCAAGAUCCAAAGCGUGAGAGAAUGGUCCUGGGAUACCGUUACCACCAGCAAUCAGCACAGCCUUAUCGUAGUGUUGGUAAGAGGUCUUGAAACCGUAAGGACCUUCGACAAGCACCUUGAUUGGGAACACCUUCUCGUGGUGGGAUUUGGUAGCUUCACCAAUGAUCUUAGUGACACCGCCCUUGAUCUUACAGUAGAAGUGGAUGUGAUCUUUGUCGGUGAUCGAGUCGAUGAGAGUGAAUGGAUGCGAGUGCCAGAAAGUUUUCCAGCCCAAGAAGUAGACGAAUCCGUGGGCAGCAGGGUCUGCUUUCCAGUAACCCUUUGGAUAUGGAAUGGAGAGCUUGAUGGUACCCUCUUCUUCCAUGAUCUCGCAUCUGGCAGUUCUAACACCAAAGAGCACAACUCUGGCAAUUCUUGCAACCCAGUCGAACACCCAGAUAGCGGCACAUGCGUAGUAAAAUUCACCGUAUUCGAGGUAAGCAGCGUGCAACCAAGCGCUCCACAAGAACAUGACGAUCAAGAUGACGUGAGUGAUCCAGAACACCUCGUACCAGUAUCUUCUGAUCACGUAUGCUCCCAAACCCAUAGCCAACCAGCACGAGACGGUUGCAACCACACCGUAUCUAUACCAAUCAGCGUGGACUCUUUUGUGAUACUUUCCACUGUGGAUCGAUUGCAGAGUCAUGGCAAUAGAGUGAACAAGAACCUCAAGACACAGAAUUCUUCCGAGUCCUUUGUGGAAAGUGACGAAUCUAGAAUAUGGCCAUCUGGUGACCCAUUGCAGGAAGUUGUUUCUUCCUGGGAACAGAAACAGCAGAGGGAACAGGUAGCAGAGCAAGAUGGCCGAUCUGUCACCCACAUAACUGGCGAUACCGUUGGAAGGCUUCUUGAAGACCAAGUCAUGCUCGUAGAAGCUCACACCGAGAAUAGCGUUUGCCAACACCAUGUAGAUGAAGAACAGAGACAGGAUGAUGAACUCGAAUCUGGAUGGAAAAAGACCAAACACACCAAAGCUCUCGAUAUGUUUCUUACCGAAAAGAGCCGGCAUGGUGAUGUACUUUCUCCAAAAAUUGUUUGGAGCUCCAACGAAAAGUCUUCUAAAACCAGGAAUUGUAGCAAAAGCCCAGUUGAAAAUUCCGCACACCACAAUCAACGCACCCCACAUAGCCAGACUUGCCCAACCGAGGUAGUGACCAUAGAGAGUAGCGUUGUAGGCGUUCUUGUAACCGUAGUAGACACCAUGGAAGUAGUAGGUCAUCUCUCCUCCAGUGAUCGGAUAAUUCACUGGGAUGGAAGCGUUGAAGUCUGCCACCUCACUUAUGUUAACCAUGUAAUUGGUUGCAUUAAUGUAUGCAGCACGAAUCUUUUCGUGCGUAAGCUUGGCCUUUGGGCACAAGUUCAUGAUCGCUGUUUCUAUGCCGGUGUCGUUGAUCUGGGUGUGCUCAUAGCCGCAUGCCACCCAAGAACCAAACUCUGCCACAUUGCUACAAGCGCAAGUGUACUUUCUUCCGGUCAAGGAGCUGUUGGAACAGAAGGUAGCAGAGUACUCGACACCGCUCUUACAAGCCAUGGCACGAUAGUCAUCGUUAUUGUAAGAAGGAAUCAUCUUGGCACUCGUGAGAGUAGCCAAGGAAAAAACCCAGAAAAGUGGACUCAACUUCAUUGGAAAAAAACAGGGACCGCACCCUUGGCUUUAAAUAGGACCAGGACGGAUAUUGAAGCAUAG